AUGUCAGCCAUCAAGGAUUUGCCUGAGGGGACAGUUCUCAUCGCCGGUGGAGGUCCUGUAGGACUCAUACUGGCGCGCCUCUUGUCCUUUUAUGGCGUCAAGUCCAAAUUGUUCGAGCGCAAUGUGACAACUACCAGCUGGCCCAAGAUGGAUUUGACGAAUCCAAGGUCAAUGGAACUUUUCCGAAAGAUCGGUCUAGCGGACGAGUUACGGAAACAUGGCGUCCCAAGUCAUUUCGACCACAACGUCCUCAUAUCGACUGGCCUCUCGAGGGAGACACCGCUAACUCAGUGGGAGCUACCGAGUGUUGAUGAGUUCCGCAAACAAAUCCGGGAAACGAACGACGGAACUCAGCCACUUGAACCUUGGCAACGAAUCUCCCAAGUUAUUUUUGAGAGGUGGCUCAAGGGGGUGUGCGAUGACGACCCUUUAAUCGACCUGAACUAUGGGUUCCGGGUUGACGGCGUGGAAGAGGAGGGGACCCGUGUCAGAACCACCGUCACGAAUAUCGAGACAGGUGUCAGCACCACGUGGCGCUCCGCUCACGUCGCGGGCUGUGAUGGUGCUUCGAGCCAAGUGCGAAGGUCAUUGAAUAUCUCCCUAGAAGGUGGCCCAAUACAAGGAAGGUUUUGGCAUAUCUUCUUUGUUGGGGAAUCUGGUGGCUUUGAAGGAGUUAUUAUCGCACAAGAUGAGAAAGACACCUGGACAGUGCAUCUUUUCGCCCCUCCAGAUACAAAGCUUGAACUGUUUGAUCCCCUUGAGACAGUUUAUCGAGUGUUGGGGGGCCUCUAUGGUAACUAUGAGGUGAAGGUCGACAAGCUAUUGGUAUCCUCGAUUUGGACCCCGCACGUUGCAGUGGCAAAGUCUUGGGCCAGUGAAAAUCAACGUAUCCACCUUGCUGGAGAUGCAGCACAUCAGAAUAUCCCAACCGGUGGCUAUGGGAUGAAUAUGGGCAUCGGAGAUGCUUUUGACCUAGGGUGGAAGCUGGCCUCUGUCAUCAAAGGUGAAGCUGGGACUGGCUUACUGGCGUCCUACGAGUUGGAGCGUAAGCCAGUGGCUGUUCGGAAUGUGCAACGUUCCCGAGAGCAUUUCGAGGUUCAUGGCCAACUCCAGAGCAUUUUGGCUGGCGGCGCGCCUCACCUCGUCGAUGAGGAUACCAAGGAAGGGCAGGAUCUCCGUCACCGGAUCCAUGAAUACUACCAGCGGCAUGAUGGUGAAAACAGGGACCUUGGAAUUGAAAUGGGGUACAGGUAUACCUCCCCCGUCAUUUUCCGUGAUGAAGAGUCCGAUUGUGUCGAACCACCAUGGAGUCCACGACAAUAUACGCCUACCACUUGGCCGGGAAGUCGGGUGCCUCACGUUUUCCUCACGGACGGUACGCCUAUUUUUGACAGGUUUGGCAAAAACUGGACUCUUCUCAUAUUCUCCAACGACGAGACUGGGCACCAGUACUUACUUUCCACUGCACGGAAGCUUUCACUUCCAUUAGAUCUAGUGAACUUAUCACACGAAAUACACGCCUCUGGCCUCUUUGAGAGAAAUCUUGUGUUGGUUCGGCCAGAUCACCAUGCUGCUUGGAGAGGGGAUCGGGUUGGAUCGUUAGAAGCGGCGGAGACCAUCCUGCGGACUGUGACCGGCAGGUUGUUGCCUGCUGGGCUCAAUUGGGAGGAAACAAUCCGACCGCAUCUAGCUUAG